ACAGCCGACUCAGCUCAGAGAGGGAGUACAGCUCAGAGGAGAAAGGCAUUCGUCCCCAGCUAGAGCCCAACCCCACACUAAAGAGUGAGAAGAAGAUGCCACACUGCUGAAGGAGUGCACACUCAAAGGGCAGUCAGAAGAGCGGACUGUGCAGAGCUACGGGAGUGAUGAGAUCCAGAUCCCAUAGGCUGAAUGGCAAAGCAUUUCAGAGACACUAAGAGUUUGCUGGGAUUCUUUCAUUAAUGGGACAUUAGGACCAGGGUAAUUCCAAAGAGGAUCUUCCAGUGAUCCUCUUUUUUUCUCUCAUUAACGGCGAAUGGGGACAAAGAUGGCAACAGUUGCAAUGCCGCUUAUACCCAAGAAUCGCGGUUGGUGUUUUUGGGAGCUGCUCACCCAGAUAGCCCCCUAAGGAGUUCAGAAUCCUUUUCUACUGGAGUACAAAGCUUCGCUUUUGGGGUUUAAAUAGAUAGGAUGGCUGCAUGGGCCAAAACAGGAACUAUGUCAUCUGUGAAAGGAGUUGUCUUCCUUCUAUGUUUUACCUUGGAGGUGAUCAGUGCAUUGGUGGAUUCGGAUGAUGUCAUCACAAGGGACGAGCAGAUCUACCUCCUGCUUGGAGCCAGGGCCAAGUGUGAGAGGAGCAUUCGUGCCCAGCUGGACACAGUCAGAGACACUGACUGCGUGCCAGAGUGGGAUGGUAUAAUCUGCUGGCCUAAGGGGAAGCCCAGCCAGCUGAUUUCUGCUCUCUGUCCUGACUACAUCUAUGACUUUAACCACAGAGGCCGUGCAUACCGGCAGUGUGAUGCCUGGGGGAACUGGGAGCAGGUGCCCAGUGUGAACCGCACAUGGGCCAACUACACUGAGUGCACCACCUACCUGCUGUCCACUCACAGGAACCAAGAAGAGGAAGUGUUUAAGCGCCUGCAUCUGAUGUACACCAUUGGGUACUCCAUCUCCCUGGUCUCCCUGCUGGUGGCUGUCUCCAUCCUGUGCUACUUCAAGAGGCUGCACUGCACUCGUAACUACAUCCACAUCCACCUUUUUUCUUCCUUCAUUUGUCGUGCCAUCAGCAUUUUUGUGAAGGAUGCUGUGCUGUACACUGUAUCUGAUGAGGGUAGGACUGAGGACAACAUCACUGGACACAGACCCCAAAUGGCAGGCUGCAAAGUAGCUGUGACCUUUUUCCUCUACUUCCUGGCCACCAACCACUACUGGAUCCUGGUGGAGGGGCUCUACCUGCACAGCCUCAUAUUCAUGGCCUUCCUGUCUGACAAGAACUACCUUUGGGCCCUCAUCAUCAUCGGCUGGGGGGUCCCAGCUGUGUUUGUGUCCAUUUGGGUCAGUGCCCGUGCUUCACUUGCUGACACUCAAUGUUGGGACAUCAGUGCAGGAAAUCUGAAGUGGAUCUAUCAAGUUCCAAUCCUGGCAGCAAUUGUUGUGAACUUCUUCCUGUUCCUCAACAUUGUGAGAGUUCUGGCCUCCAAACUUUGGGAGACCAACACAGGCAAACUGGACCCACGCCAGCAGUAUAGGAAGUUGUUGAAGUCCACACUGGUGCUGAUGCCUCUGUUUGGGGUGCACUACAUGGUGUUUAUGGCUCUGCCGUACACAGAGGUGACUGGCUUGCUGUGGCAGGUGCAGAUGCACUACGAGAUGUUCUUCAAUUCCUCACAGGGAUUCUUUGUGGCAUUCAUCUACUGCUUCUGCAAUGGAGAGGUACAGGCAGAGGUGAAGAAGGCGUGGCUACGGCGGAGUCUCACUCUGGACCUGAAGCAGAAGGCGCGGGUGACGAGCAGCGGGGGAAGCUGCUACUACGGCGGCAUGACCUCCCACGCGACCAACAGCGUCAGCCUCAGCGUGGCAGCCACCAAGGGCCUGUCCCUGACGGGCGGGCGGCAGCGCCUGGCUCCGCUGCAUCCCCUGUCCAGCCUCCCCGGCUACGUGCCCGGCGCCUCCGAGGCCCCCCUCCCCUCGCCGGCCCAGCGGGAGCAGGCCCAGAGGAGGCCGGGGCUGCUGCCGCACAGGCCCAGGGCCAUUGAGAGGAGCGUGGAGGAGAGGGACGCUGUGGUCCCGCUCUCCUCCGACGAGGAGCCCUGCUGCCCCUGCUCCCUGUCCGUUAAGGAGUUUGAGACCAUCCUGUGAAAUCCCAUUGCCGUCUGUUGUCUGUGUCUCCACAGAGAAAUCCCCUUCCCUGCCUGUCAUUGCAGGAUGACAUCCAUUGUAAUUGGUAUGCGGUAGUUUCUAAUUCUGUGGCAUGUUCCAUUCAACACUGCCGUGACAAGCUGGUUGUCUGCAGGCAGCAAAGACUCAAAGACAUGAGACAUGCUGCCAUGUGGAAGUUCAUAAGAAAAUGAGGCUGCUGUGAUGUCAUUAACCCACAGUGACCUUUGGUCAGGUUAACUAGCUACAACAUCCUAUUGUAAACUAUUGAAUAGGGAAAGUGAUUUUGAACCAUUUAGCCACUGACUAGGGAAGUCAACUGAAUUACAGUGAAGCAACAAUUACAACAUAAACCUUAUUGUCUGUUGAGCUCAUAGGUAUGCUGUUGUUUUUGUGCCAUUUUAUUGAGUAUUGAGUGCUGAAUGGAAACUACCGUUUGCUACUGUAAGGGGUCACACCGGAUUUAAAGAAACACCUGCACAAGUGGCUAGUACAAAGCUGAAAUAUUUACCCAAUAGAAGCUACUUUUACUUGCAUUUGGCAGCUUGGUUAGUGUGAAUUUCAAGCCCUUUAACUACACAAUAAUUCAAGGCAAAAUCCAAAGGCAUUUGAGUAUUUUCAAAUACAAUGCUUAAAAGCCAAAUGUUCUUCCAAACACUUUUCAAAUCUAUACAAGUAACUUUAAAACCAGCAGCAUUUUUCAUUUUUGGCUUCCAUUCAGGAAUAAUUGCAAAAAUUUGUCUCUGUCGGUAUCUUUGGCACCCCGAUACCUAAGCCCUGAUAACUAAAAUAGCAUUGCAACCAUCCACAUAUGACUGUAAAUAUAACAAAAGUAUUGUAAUAUGUUAAUAUGUAAAUGUAUGUGUAAACAUUCAAUCUCUUUGUUGUUAUUAAAUUAAAUGGUGAGGAAGUCAAAACUUACAUGAGAAGGGUUGGUGCUGAUUAUGGCCUUUGUUUAAAUACCAGCAUUAAGAACCUCAUUCAUUUAUUCAUUCAAUGAAGACAAAUUAUUGGUUGAUUUGUUGCAAAAUAUCUCCCAGAAAUAAAAUACUAAGUAUUUGAAAGCAUUUCUUACAAAAACCGUAUAAAACUUUUUAACAUAAUCUCAGAUACGUGAAAAUAUUUAAGUUGAAUUAAAUAGUCUGUAUAGGAAAUGUGCUGUUUCAAACAGAUUUACAUAAAAUAAUUAGAAAAUACUUUAAUACACAUUAGACCCAGGUCUGAUAUAGCGCAUUGAACACGGAACCAGUUUAAUACUUGACAAGCUUGAGAUAUUUAUGGCCUUGCUUGAGCUAUUUGUAAUUACUGGCAAGUUGAUUGUAGUUUUAUUUGGUAAUUUGAUGUAACUUUGUUCAGCAGAGAAGACUUUUGAGUUUGCUUGUGAAAGUCUCAUGUAAAAUGUGAAACGUAAGAAAAAUGUCGGAAACAGUCCCAUUUGCUGUUAUCUGAAAAGGAAAGUAGUCAGGAUUCAUUGGACGCUAAUCCGCUUACAUAAUGUCUGCAUUCUGCCUUGUUGUUGGCUGUGCUGUAUGCUCUCUGGUCUGCUUCACUGUUUACUGUGCCUACAGUUUGCUUGCCUACUUUCUAGUUUGACCUUGAAUAUUAUCAUUGUGAAGGCUAUGUGGGUUUUUGAUACUCUAGAAAUCAGAAAAUCUUCAGCAUGAAAAACUUGACAUGUCAAUCACUGCAUUGGUGUUAUAUAAUGUUGGUGAUAAGGCUGCCAUCUUUAUUCAUGGCACAAGAUUGUACUGUUCUGUAAAACUGCAAUAUAAAAUGCAAGAGAAAAAAAAUGAAGGGCCGUUUCAUACAUAAAAAUCUUCAGUGCUGUCUUGA